AGCGCAGCGGUUGCAGAGGAAGCGGAUUUGCGGAUUCGCCGCGGCGCAGUCUGGAUUCCCAGGGUUCCACUGCCGCUGUUCCCUGAGCCUGGCUGGAGGACCGCGGAAAAUAUCGCCCGUUACACGCGGCAGUAAGAACCCCAGCUGAACGGUAUAGCCACCUGAGCGACACGGACGUGAGUGACAGGCACGCACGAAGGAGGACGCCACCUUCGGACACACUCCGCCCAGCCCUCGCGCAUCGCAGUUUACACAGUAACUAAGGGAAGGGCGCCGGACAGAGAGAACACGGAGAGGGGGGCCUGCGCUGCACCAUGGAGCGAAAAGUAGCGAGAGAAUUCAGACACAAGGUAGAGCUGUUGAUUGACAAUGAGGCAGAGAAGGAUUACCUGUACGAUGUGCUGCGGAUGUACCAUCAGUCCAUGGACCUGCCGGUCCUGGUGGGGGACCUGAAGCUGGUGAUCAACGACCCGCCCCGCCUGCCGCUGUUCGACGCCAUCCGCCCCCUCAUCCCCCUCAAGCACCAGGUGGAGUACGACCAGCUCACGCCCAAGCGAUCCCGGAAGCUGAAGGAGGUGCGUCUGGACCGGACCCACCCAGAGGGGCUGGGCCUGAGCGUGAGGGGGGGGCUGGAGUUCGGCUGCGGCCUCUUCAUCUCCCAGAUCGUGAAGGACGGGCAGGCGGCGAACGUGGGCCUGCAGGUCGGAGACGAGAUCAUGCGGAUCAACGGUUAUUCCAUUUCGUCCUGCAUCCACGAGGAAGUGAUCAGCCUCAUCCGGACCAAGAAGACCGUGUCUCUGAAAGUCAGGCAUGUCGGAAUGAUUCCAGCAAAGAGCUCCUCAGAAGAUCCGCUCAAGUGGCAGUUUGUGGAUCAGUUUGUAUCUGAAUCCGGGGAGAAGAAGAGCAGUGUGGCUGGAUUGGCCUCCAUCACUGGGAAGGAGAUCAAGGAGAAGAAGGUCUUCCUCAGUCUGGUGGGCACUAAAGGAAUGGGCAUCAGCAUAUCGAGUGGCCCGACUCAGAAACCUGGGAUAUACAUCAGCAACGUGAAACCUGGCUCUCUCUCUGCUGAAGUGGGGCUAGAGGUGGGUGAUCAAAUCGUGGAGGUGAACGGGGUGGAUUUUACUGCCAUGGAUCAUAAGGAGGCCGUCCGCGUCCUGAAGAGCAGCCGGAGUUUGACCAUCACCGUGCUGACGGGAGCGGGCAGGGAGCUGUUCAUGACGGACGAGGAGCGCCUGGCCGUGGAGGCGAGGCGGGAGCUGGACAGGCAGGAGCUGAUGCACCAGAAGAGGGUGGCACUGGAGACCAACAAGAUCCACAAAGAGCAGCAGGAGUUGGAGCGACAGAGGAAGAUGGAGAUUUCUCAGAAGACGGUGGAGGAGGAGGAGCGGUACCGGAGGGAGAUGGAGAAGAUCGAGGCUGCGGAGCGGAAACACAAUCGGGAGUGGGAGGAGGACUGGGGGGCCAGGGAAUCGCCCAGGAGCCCCUCCCCCAUGCCAGCUCCUUCCAAAGCAGAGAGCCCACCCCCUUCGCCCCCGAAAUCCAAGAGCUCAGCGUUUGGCUGGUUUUACCGAUAUGAGGGGAAACUGCCUACACUGAGAAAGAAAGGGAAAGGGAAGAAGCAGAAGAAGAAGCUGUCCAAGACGGACACGCUGCAGGAGCAGAGGAAGAAUAAGAAAGAGAUGGAGUUUGAGCUGAAGCUGGCCAGGGAGAAGGAGGAGAUGCACGAGCGGGAGAAACAGCUGAAGAUCAACAGGCUGGUGCAGGAGGGUUUCCAGAAGUAUGUGGAAGACUUUGAUCCGUACUCAAUGUUCACCCCAGAGCAGAUAGCGGGGAGGGACGUUCGGCUGCUGAGAAUAAAAAAGGACGGACAACUUGACCUUGCGGUGGAGGGGGGCAUAGACUCCCCCCUGGGAAAGCUGGUGGUAUCAGCCAUUUAUGAAGGGGGCUCUGCGGACAAGCAUGGUGGGAUAGUGCAGGGGGAUGAGGUCAUGGCUGUUAAUGGGAAGAUUCUGACCGAUUCCACGCUAGCAGAAGGCCAGAGCUCUCUGGUACGAGCCUGGAACAGUGGAGGGGAUUGGAUUGACCUGGUGAUCGCAGUGUCUCCACCAAAGGAGUAUGAGGAUGAGGUGACGUUCUUCUGAGGCUCUCCCCUGGGCACCUGCCAUGGAGACGAUGUUCAAUGAGGAGCACCGUUUUCAGUCACCACAUUCAUGUUGCUUUAAAAAAAAAAAAAAAAAUUAAAAUUUUUGAAUUUUAUUUUUUCAAAAUGGGUUCAGAUAAGGUCGGUAUGUACACGAUGAUGCCACCUGCAGAGAACUCUGUUAGACGUGUUUGGAGAUUUUUCUCCAAGAUGGCGGCCCGCAUGAUGGCAGUGGUUUGAAGACCAGCAUAACACGUGCAAUCGCUAGCGUAUGCGCUGACAAGGCUACCUGCUUCAGCUGUAACUGACCCCUGACCCCUGACCUGUGACCUCUAACCCUAUACUGCUAGCAUGAGAACACCGCUGUAGGAGCCUGUGCCUCAUUAUACAUCACGUGCAUGCGACCGUCUCCACCCACCAAGGAAUGACACGGCCGCCAAAAUCGCCAAAAUCCUGGAGGAUUAAAACGCAAGGGACCUGUAGGGAUCGUAUCCAAACUCAUCGCUAUUUGUGCUUACAUUUGAACCAGCAUGCAGUAUGUGAGGGUUAGUUUUGUGCCUGGAGUGAUCGGUCUGUGGCAUGGUGGCAUGUAUAAAAACAUCGCGCCCGUUCCCCUCUCCUCGGUAAUGAGUUUGUCCUGCAUCGCCGGGCGCUGCUGGAGGGGGGAAGUAGAGUUUGGGCCGAACGCCUCGUCUGUGUAACGCUGCCUGGCUGGACCGCCUGACGGUCGGCUUUUCUCUCUUUUGCCAAAACGAAUCGGCGCAUAAAUAACCAGUCCUCGCAUUUCUUUACUUUCUGUUUCCAGUGUUUUUUUAAUUUUAAAAAAAUCAGUAAAUCCACAAACGUUUAAUUGCCAUUUUUUGAUAACGAGGGAUUCGUUUUUAAAAGACAUGAAUCACAAGGCUGGAACAGUUUCCUUUAAAAUGAAUCUGUUAGUGAUUCCCGAAGGCUAAACUGGUCACACAUGAUUUCUUUGUAAUUUUGAAAUAUGUUAGAAGUCUUAUGCACUUGAUUCGGAAAUCUUCCAGUGGUGUAAUUACUGUAGCCCUGUUAUGUCUGAUUGUUUAUGGAUGCUUUUGCACCCUGUAUCACGUUACUGAUUUUCAGUGACAAAGGGAUUCAUUAGUGCGCUCAGAAUCAAUAAAGACGUACAAUGACUGAAAA